AUCUGGGCAACUUACGUGGUUUAUAAAAUUGCAAAACGCGCCUACAUAAAACGCAAGCAAAAGUUGACAGAACUCGAAGCCGCACUAACAAUUUCAAAAGAUCACGAUUCCUCAACCACAUUGACAUAUAAUAGCGAGAGACAUCCGAAAAAGAUUAUUGAUGAUGAUGCCGCUGACGAAUCAUCCGAUAUGCUUCAAAACAACGUAGCAAUAGAUGAUGCCGCUGACAAAUCAUCCGGUAUGCUUCAAAACAACGUAGCAAUAGAUGAUGCCGCUGACGAGUCAUCCGGUAUGCUUCAAAACAACGUAGCAAUAGAUGAUGCCGCAGGAGUCGGAUAUCAUGAAAUUCAAACGGCAGGAAAUACAUAUAAGCCAUAUCGUAAUUUUACGCAUCAACAUACCUACUCUGAAGUUACACUCGCUAACGCUCAUUUGAGUCAUUUGAAUGACAACGAUAAUUAA